AAUUUUCGUGGACAAUUCUUCAAAUUUCAAGCAAGUGCACAAUAUCCCACAGAUCGCGUGAUUCGUUAUUUGGCGCCUUGGUAUUUGGGGAAGCUGCAUACCAUUCUCAUGGUUACCCAGCUGGAUUGAAUACUCUCAUAGCGAGAUCAGUCACAGCCACUUGGUCUCGAUGGUCUGAAUGGUCCGAAUGCACUGUUUCUUGUAAUACGGGAAUCCAAAUGCGAAAAAGGACAUGUACAGGAACAAACUUAAUACUGAAUGACAACCGGCGGUGUCCUGGAGCAGAUUCAGAAACUCGAGAGUGUGCAACAUGGAAAUGUCGACCUUUUUGCAGAAAAAUGUCAUAUAUUAAGAACGGCCAGGUGCUUGGUGGCGGAUCACUGGAAGGGGACGAAAUAAGUUUUGUUUGUAAUAAACACUACAUGUUGGUUGGGGAAAAAGCUCUUCGAUGUGAAACCAAUGGUAAAUGGAACGCCUCAGAGCCAAAGUGUAAAGUCGAAGCUUCAUGGUCGAGGUGGGGAAGAUGGACUGAUUGCUCAGUUUCGUGUGAUAAUGGAAUUCAAACACGCCAAAGAACGUGCAUUGGGACAAAUUCCGUUCUGGGUGAUAACACUCUAUGCGGUGAAAAGUCUUUGGAAUCUCGGGCAUGCGCAAACUGGAAAUGUCCAGAUUGUAAUAAAAUCUGCACAACUGGGAAGCUGGAUACAACAUGCGAUGCUUGUAUUUGUGACGAUAACACACUAAGUGGAGUGGUCAAAGACAACACCGGUAUUCUCUUGGAGAAUGCAACCAUUGCUCUUGCCGAGUUUCCGUUUAAAAUAUUAGGAAAGACGGGUGUUUCUGGGAAAUUCGUAUUGAAAGGAUUCUGUAUUUCAGAGGACAACAUCAUCGUUAGCAGAAAAGGCUUUUUACCGCAAUCAAUUAGAACGACAAAAGUUAACCCUACUGCAGCAGUCGUGACAGCAAUCUUGAGGAAAAUUGACUUCCCAGAAAUAACAUCUCACCCUGAAAGUAAACUACGGCUAGAAGGUCAACCUAUCACAUUAUGUUGUGAAGGAAAAUCAAGUACAAAGGCAAAAUUCGAAUGGACGAUUAAUGAUCGUGGAGCAGAUGAAUACCAACAUGAUGAAAUACAAAGCAGUAAAUUGAUUAUACCUCAUGUUUUUAAAAACAUGAGUGGGGAAAUAAAAUGUAGAGUUUACGAUGAUCACGGAGCAGAAUUUUCAGAUCCUGCCAGGAUAACCGUUUUUAAUACCACCGAUGAUAGCUGCGAUCCAACACCAUCUCAACACAUAAUUGCACUGCCGCAGGGCUGCACGGCAGGAGAAACAAAUUCUGCUACUAUUGACGUAGGUGAAUGUGCGAGAACAAAAUGCAUCGCACGAGGUCUAAAAAAUAUGAACGAUUGUAGAGAUAAAUUCUGUUGCCAGCCAAUUGCUACAAGGAACAUCAAGGUCGUUUGUUUGCAGCAUUCGUUUGACAUAAAAAGUGUAACAAAAUGUGGUUGCGGCGAUUGCCCUGUGAAACAAACUGUUGUUAAAGGAGUAGCAAGAGGAGGUCCAGACAAUAAACCUUUUAAAUAUGGAUAUAUUUAUCACGGUGAUAAAUAUUUGGCUCGUACUGGAAGGAAGGGUGAUUUCUCAUUUAAAGUUCCUGGUGAUUUUUCUCGCUUUGUUGUAACGUUUAAGGAUAAACGUAAUUAUAACAAUUUUCAGGAAUUAACAAAAGUGAUUCCGUUGGUCACUGGCCGUAAAACGUAUAUAGAAGUCCGACUGAAGCCUCGGCCUGAACCUAUUAAAGUUGAUGCGAAGAUGGGCUUUGAGAUUUCCCUGGGAAACUCGCAAAAUACCCGUGGAUUAAAUAGGUCAAACGAGGAAAAUGUAGUUGAUAAUGACGACGCACAAUUAGAACCUGCUGUAGCAUUUGCUGUCCCUCCCCAAGGCUUGUUGACAGAAGAUGGGGAAAUUUAUAACGGGACGGUCAAGGUUGAAGUCAAUUUUGUUGAUCCGAGAAACGUUACAGAAGUGGAAGAAGCCGAUGGAGACUUCACCACGGUAGACGAAGAUGGCGAGGAACAACUACUGGAGACUUUUGGUGUGAUAAAAAUGGAUUUUAAAGAUGAAAACGAUAAGAGUUUGCAACCUACAGGGGACAUUGACAUUUCACUUGAUAUUGAUAAAUAUAAUAUUACUGAGAAUGAAGUAGAAAAUAUAAAGCUUUGGUACUUAGAAGAGAAGACUGGAAGAUGGCGCAUUUUGGACACAAGUUGGAAGAAGCAUCAAACGAAGCGAUCGAAGAGAUCAGAUAAACAUAUAUCACUAUUUACUACCAAACUUAAUGCGAGAGAAUUUAUUCGGUUUGAUCUAAACUUAGAUAAGGUGGGCGGAGAGAUUUAUUUGAAAGUUAUGGCAGAAGACACCACAAAGAAAGCAGAGUCAGUGCUUAUUACAGUAUUUGUCACGCAAAGUAGAGUGAAUUAUAGAUAUCAAUCGUAUAACAUCGAACCGAAUAAAGCACGUUGUAUAAAAACAUUUCGGACAGAUGAAUUUGCGGAAAUACGGGCUGUCGUUGGUGAUCAAUAUCCACUAACGCCAAAGGAAACAGGUUUGGAUGAGGAUGUUAUAAAGAAAUCACAUAGAAAUAACCUCAGAAGGAUCGCAUCGAUUUUUCACAAUGCAAACGUUAAAUAG